GUUUUAAGUGUUCGGUAAUAUACUAAUAUAUCAUGUGUGAAUUUUAUAUCUAUUGAUUCUCUUCUUUUUUUUCUUUAAUGCAUGAGGUUCUAAUUUCAUAAUCGCGAAUAUAUAAUAACUUUAGAAAAUCAUCAUACUCUCAUGGAAGUAUCAUCAACAUAUAAUACUAAUAUGUUUUUAGUUCUAUCACUAAAAUAUAAAAUAUAAAAAAUUAAAUUAAUAAAGAAAACACAUCGUUGAAGUCUUAGAAACACAAAUAUGUAGUUUUAAAACAUUUAUUUACUGUGUGUUCUACCUUAAUUAUGAUAAUAAAUAGAAUGAAGUAUCUUACAAACAUAAAUCAUCGAUUGCUUUUGAUAUUAUACGUUUGUUUCUUGAAUCAAUCGGUACUUUCUUCUAUAUAAUUUCUCUUAAAUUUUGAUACACGCAUACUGCAUACAUAAUAUUUUCAAAUAGUAUAUUUCAUAACUAGUUUCAUAUAUGCAUAUAUUGUAAUUUGUAAAUUUUAUACUUGCUAUAAUUUUUGUUCGUAGUGGUUCUUAUAUUUUUAUACAUUGAUAUUUGUUUUUCACAAUUAGUGUUAUAUAUUUUAAAUGUGUUAUGAUAUAAUUAACUGUAUUCAGAAUAUCUGGAUCGAAUCAGUUAAUAUGGAUAUUUUGGUACAAAUAUCUGAAUCCGUAUUAGAUAUAUUUGUUAUUUAGAUAUUUUUAUGUUUCUAUAUAUCGAAACAGAACUUAUCAAAAUUCUUAAGGACUCAACUCAAAACUCACACAUAAAUUUAUAAUAUUCAAGCGGAGCUUAAUUCCAAAACGACAUGAAAUAAACAAUUUAUACCUAAAUGGGGGUGUCAAAGUAUGGGUAUUUUAUGGGUAUCAUCUGAUGUCUAUUGGACCUUACUGGGUCGCUGAGUGAAGGAAUCCCACUGAAUCAUGGUCAAAACAAAAUGGGGGUGGCGACUGGCGAUAGUGAAUCUCUCAAAGCGGUCAUCGAGCCACAUGUACUCUAGUGGGUCCCGAUCCAACAAACGUAAAGACAAAAGACAAAAGAGCUUGUCUACGUGUUCUUUAUGAAUUUACAGUUAGGCCCCCACCGUCGAACAUGUGACUUUCGGAUUAUUCUAUUUUCCUUGUCGACCGGCGAAUAUUCCACGCUGGCAAUCUACGUGACAUGCUCGCCCCAUGCACUCACUUUCUUUUCGUAAAUCAUUGAUUGUUUAAUUUUUUGGUAAAAAUCAUUGAUUGUUUUUUUUAAACGCCAAUAUUUCUUUUUGAACGACAAUGCCAAUCAAUUAUUACUAUUAUUAUUUUUUUAUAUCCAAUCCAUUAAAAUGAAAGCUUUGUGUCGCUCUCGUUCCGUGACGCCGCUCAACAUGCAUUGCUGCUCCUAAAUGAUUUAUUUCAUUUUUAGUCAACAAUAAAAUGAUGUUUAACCAGAAAAAUAAACUUGUAUAAUGCGAGUUACAUGAUUGAACUGAACUGUUAUGUUUUCUCAAAUUUUCUUUUUUUUUUUGCUGUUAGAAAACUAUGAUAUUCAUGUGUGUUCUGAAGUUCAAGAAGAAUAAAAAUCAGAUGCCAUUGCCAUAGAUCCGAGUCCGACAACACAUAAGAAUAUAAAUAUAUAUGAUACCUAAACAAAGGACCAACGUGGAGAGAGAUUUGAUUGUAUGGGAAGGAGACAAAAACUUUAGUCAUAAGUUAUAUAUGACUUUUAAAUACCGAAAUAUAGCAUUUAACUAUUCAAAUUUCAAAAUUAUAAUUCCCGAAAAACUAUAUUAAUUCCUUGGACAUCAUAUAAUAAUCUAGUAGUAAACAAAUAUGCAUGAUGCGGGCCAUGUUCCUCUCUUCCAUGUUACUUACGCUAACUAAAAAAAUACAAAUACAAAUUUAUUUUUAAUUUUUUAAAAGCGAAGGUUGACGUUAGAUGACGAAUCAUGUCUCCACUUCUCCUCCUCCACCAUCAUCACCGCGACGACUUUUUAUUCUCUCUCCCUUUUUCUCAGAUUUUCCCUUAAAUGGUUUCUUGAUAUCUUUCUUCACCACCUGCUCUCUCUUUUCCUCUCAUCCUCUCGUUUUCGAUCUCUUAACAAUUUCUUUUAACACCUAGUUUCCACUUGCAUUCCCAUUUUUUAAUCUUCAAGGUUACGCUUCAUCCUUCCAGUCUCUUCCUCAACGUUAGAUUCCUUCUGCGUUUCCCGCCAUUGUCUAUAUUUGAUCGGAGAAGGAAAUGGAGAGAGUGAAUCUAGGAGGUUUAGGUUAUGAAAAUGGUGGAGUGAUGAUGACUAGAGAUCCUAAACCGAGGCUGAGAUGGACCGCCGAUCUCCACGAUCGCUUCGUCGACGCCGUCGCAAAACUUGGUGGCGCAGACAAAGCAACUCCUAAGUCGGUUCUGAAGCUGAUGGGAUUAAAAGGCUUAACAUUGUACCAUCUCAAAAGUCAUUUACAGAAGUAUAGACUUGGUCAACAGCAAGCGAAAAAACAAAAUCGAACAGAACAAAACAAGGAAAAUGCUGGAAGUUCAUAUGUGCAUUUUGAUAAUUGUUCUCAAGGAGGAAUCUCGAAUGAAUCAAGAUUUGAUAACCAUCUUAGACAAAGUGGGAAUGUACCUUUUGCUGACACGUUGAGACAUCAAGUCGAUGCGCAACAGCGGUUUCAAGAACAGCUCGAGGUGCAGAAAAAGUUGCAGAUGAGAAUGGAGGCACAAGGAAAAUAUUUGUUGACUUUACUCGAGAAAGCACAGAAGAGCAUGCCUUGUGGUGGUAAUGGAGCAGAGACAGACAAGGGUCAAUUCUCAGACUUCAAUCUCGCACUUUCAGGACUUGUAGGAAAUGAUCACAAGAGCAAUAAGGCGGGUUUGAUUACCAAUAUCUCACACGUUAAUGGUGAUUUGACCGAUAAUUUUCGGUUAUGUGGAGAAAGAGAUACAGGAGAAACCGAAGAUGCAUGUGUUAAACCGGAAUCCGGGUUUGUUCAUUUUGAUUUGAACUCCAAAGAUGGGUAUGAUCUCUUGAAUUCUGGGAAGUAUGGGAUUGAAAUGAAGCCAAAUGUGAUUGCAGAUAGACAUCAAUAAGUCAAAGAGACACUUUCUUUAAUUUAUUUCCUUUUUCUUUAAUAGAAUGUUACACAUACUGGCUUCAAGUUUUCGUCACUCAAAUAUCAGAACUCUUUGAAGUCUGGCCAAUGAAUCAGUGUGUAAAAGACAGAUAAUUACCAAAUAAUUUUCUACGUAAA